AUGUCCGUUCUCAGCUCAAACCGGAUUGCCGUCCACUAUCUGCCCGCCCCGAAAGCAAAUGAGAAUCUCAUCAAUUCAGAGAUAGAGGACACGGUCUCAUGGAUGCAAGCCGCGGUCGAAUUGGGCCGUAUUAUUCGUACACGGACAAAUCUACCUUUAAAGGCACCUUUGCGCGAGGCGAUCGUGAUCCACCCGGACCCGGCUGUUCGGCGAGAGAUAAUGUCUGCCCAAAUGUACAUUGUUGAAGAAUUGAAUGUACGCAUUCUCACAGUCACGGAUGACAAGCACAAGUACGGCGUGCAGCUGCGUGGUCAGCUGAAUCACCGCACCCUUGGUGUAUGUCUGAAAAAAGACUACAAAGCCGUGGUGGAAGCAGUUAAAUCGAUGCCCACUGCAGACCUGGAAAAGUUUGUUGCAACUGGAUCGAUCACUGUGUGUGGACACGAACUCAGUGGGAAUGAUUUGACAGUAGUCUACACCACUGGAGGAAAACAAAAGGAAACACCGGAUGCGACAGAGGAGACUAGAGGCAAGACCGGAAAGGGUAAAAACAAGAAGGCAAUCGAUACCUCGGCAGAAUCGAACGCAACAAAAGAAGGAACUCAACGUUACGAGGCCGCGUCAGAUGCCCGAGGCCUUCUCGUACUCUUAGAUACCACACCAGAUGAAGAACUCGAGCAUGAACGGUUGGCUCGGGAACUGAUCAACCGUAUCCAGCGUACACGAAAGAAGGCCGAACUCGUUCCCGAAGAUUCGAUUGUUAUCAUCGUGGCCACAGAUUCUCCGGAAUUGCAGCGUAUCGCCUGUCCAACUAGUCCCCUGACUGGUCUCAUUCAAGCCACUGUGAAACAACCGAUCAAUGUGAUCUCACAUCGUGUAACGGCGGUCGGUGAUCAACCGCUGAGUAAAACUGUCAUCACUGCGGCCGAGUCCGUUCUUCCCGCGGAUUGGAGUUUGGGCAAGGAAAUCAUCAGAGAGACGGUUUCGCUUCUGCAGUUCAACAAUAGUAAGCAAAUUGGACAAGGUAUCAAAUUACUGUGUGGAACCAAAUCCAAAACUCCGGAUUGUACCACGGAUUUGGGCAGUGUUAAUGCAGCAUUUAUCCACCCAUCAAGCGAUGCCAUCCCGACGUUUGUUCUGGAUGAUGCGAUACCUCCGGAUGAUCUUGAACUUAUCUUGUUUGCACGCUAUGACUCGUCCGCACCCGUAAUCGAACCACACCGAGUAGCCGGAAGUGUAGUGCAAACUUCAGCUUCUCAACUUGGCAGUUCAUCGAUGACGGGUUGUGGUAUUGUCACGGUCCGUCACGAUGGCAGUAAACGUGAGUGUAUUGUCACACUGGAACAACCGAAAGGAACCUUGGUCGUGUCAGACUCU